AUGCAGAGAGCAUCCGUACAGCAUAGAUCCCAAAGCCAAGCCCGUGAAUGCUACAAGCAUUAUUCAGACGGAAGGUUUGACAAGUUGAGAGGUUUCGCAUGUAACUGUACAUGUGUUCACGUCAGGGGGGUUUACUUUCGCGCUCCUGACCUUGCAGAGCGACACACAGUAGUUCCUGGUAAGCUUACAGCUGCAAGCAGAGACAUAUGUUCUCUUUUUCACCUCAGGCAUCUGCCGGAGCACGAAAUGGCCGACAUGAACAAGCAGAUGCAGAUGAUGGAGUGCAUUGGGGUGCCUAGCCUUUCCCAGCUCAUUCCAGAAAUCUACGAGCCCUGUCCCGCCCUCUGCAUCCUUCCGCCCAAGAGUGUCAACGACCAGGGGGCAGUUGUGGCCGUUAAUUAUCCCCUCUUGCUUCCCCUUCCCUGCUCCCCCUCUGAGGCCCUCCCUUCCGAACUUCAUCCUCUUAUGCCUGUCAUGACCCUAGUCACGAUCGAUGCUUUCGAAGCCGCCCGUGCCACCUCAACCCUCGGCAGUUCUUGGCUCGCUCCUUGUGGUCGCCUUAGCUCAUGCAGACUUCGCUUCACUGUAGGUGGCGAUGUUCCCACUCUGGCGGGGAAGCUGCUUCGGGCUUCUGCCUUGUCGCAGUGCGCUGCCCCCUUUGUCCCCCCGCCAGCCUGGCUACUUGUUGCUGAAACUGCGUCCGCUCCCUGCAUCCUUUCUCGAGAGAUACCCUUCGAAGUUCUACGCUACGCCCAAUGGCGUGCCCGACGCUUGGGCUCCAUGACUCUCCUUCCCAGCUUUGCCAAGCGCAUCCCAGCGCACACCGUACCUACGACAAUGGCCUGGGUGGAAGCAGAUGUUUCCAUGAUCCUACUUGGGCUCGCCCUCCUCUUGUCCAGUCGUGGCCGGCCUGUGGCUGUUGGAUGCCGCCGCCUGCAGUUCCUGAGACGCACUGCCUCGUCCAGCACAGAAAUAUACAGAGGCUUUGCAUCCCGGCCUGAAAGCUGA